AUGCCACGUCCUGGAAAAUCUUCAUAUUCCGAUGAAAAACCUCCAUAUUCAUAUAUUGCUCUAACAGCUAUGGCUAUUCAACAAAGUCCAGAAAAAAUGUUGCCACUUAGUGACAUUUAUAAAUUUAUUACUGAUCGAUUUCCAUAUUAUCGUACGAAUACUCAAAAAUGGCAAAAUUCAUUACGACAUAAUCUAUCAUUUAAUGAUUGUUUUAUUAAAGUUCCACGUCGUAUUGAUCGACCUGGUAAAGGCAAUUUUUGGGCAUUACAUAGCAAGUGUAGUGAUAUGUUUGAAAAUGGUAGUUAUUUACGACGACGAAAACGUUUUAAAUUAUUAAAACAAAAAUCAAAUGAAGAAGAAGACGAUGAAGAAGAAGAAGAGGAAGAGGAAGAAGAACAAGAUGAGGAAGAAGAAGACGAACAAGAAAAAUCCGUCCGAAUUACAAAACCAAUAACAAAAACAUCAUUUCUUAUUGAUAAUCUUCUUGCAAAUGAUACAAAUACAAAUACAAGUUUUACAACAACAACUACAACCACAUCAUCAUCAUCAACAACACCCGAAACAAAUAAUACAUUGCAACAUCUGUUUUAUACAACUGAUUUCGAUUUUAUACAUAAAUUGGCAUUAUUUAAUGAUAUCAAUGGAAAUCAUCAUCAUUAUCAUCGUCCUCAACAGCUUUAUUGGUAA